GUUCAAAAGUGCGAAACUGAAACUGCUGUGAGUCUCUGAGGAUUCACGAACCAGGACCUUCAGGCUGUUCUUUUCAUCGUUUUCAGUGUGUCGUCAUGUCGGCUACCGGCUGUGUUCUGUUUGAGGAGCAGUUUCUGUGCUGCAUCUGUUUGGAUGUUUUCAAUGAUCCAGUCACCAUCCCUUGUGGACACAACUUCUGCAAAAUGUGCAUCACGCAGAACUGGACUGUUAACAAUGCACAGUACCGUUGUCCUAUGUGUAAAAAAGAAUUUAAAACCAGACCUGAGCUGUCCGUCAACACGUUCAUAUCUGAGAUGGCUGCUGAGUUCAAACAGUCUGCUGGGAAGAAAAACCAAAGAGAAUUAGUGAUAAAAGCUGCCAGACCUGGAGAAGUCUCCUGUGACAUCUGCACUGGAACCAAACUGAAGGCCAUGAAGUCGUGUUUGACAUGUUUAGCCUCCUACUGUGGGAUCCACAUAGACUCUCAUAUGGCCACUGAUUCCCUUAAGAGACAUCUGCUGACCGAUCCUGUGGGGAACAUGGAGGCCAGGAUGUGUCCAAAGCACAAAAAGACACUGGAGCUGUUCUGUACGACUGAUCAGAUCUGUGUGUGCGCUCACUGCACAUGUUCAGAACAUGUGGGUCACAAAAUGUCGUCUCUGAAAGACGAGUUUGAAGCAAAGAAGGCCAAGCUGGAGCAGGUAGACGCUGACAUUCAGCAGAUGAUGCAAGAGAGAAAACAAAAGAUCGGUCAAAUGAAACUUUUAAAAACACACAGUAAGAACGACGCAGAGCGCGAGAUAGCCGACGGCGUCCGCAUCUUCACGCUCCUGAUGCAGACCACGGAGAAAAGCCUGAAUGAUCUCAUCGAGACGAUUGAAGAGAGGCAGAAGACGAUGGAGCGAGAGACGGACGGUUUCAUCCAGAAACUGGAACAAGAAAUCUCUGUGCUGAUGAAAAGAACUGCUGAGACCAGGAAGCUCACGAGCUCUCAGGACCAUCUUCUCCUCCUGCAGACCUACAGAUCCAUGACCUCUGACCCCAGCACCAAGAACUCCACUGAAAUCAGCGUCUGCCCCCCGGACUACCAGGGCACUGUGGUGAAAGCUGUGGCUGAGCUGGAGGAGAUUUUAAGCAGAGAGAAGCAGCAGCUGCUCCAUGAGGCCAGCCUGAAGAGGGCUCAGCAGUACCCGGUCGAUGUGGUCCUUGACCCUCAUUCAGCCAAUCUGUGGCUCGUCCUGUCUGAUGAUAACAAACAGGUGAGGUAUGAUGAGGUGAGGAGGGAGCUGCCAGACAACCCACACAGAUUCUCUCAUUAUGCCAACGUUGUAGCACAGCAGAGUUUCUCUUCAGGACGGUUUUACUACGAGGUCCUGGUGACCAGGAAGACAAACUGGACUCUGGGACUGGUCAAAGAGUCGGCCAACAGGAAAGGAAUUAUCCCAUUAAGCCCAGGGCACGGAUACUGGUCUAUGGGCUUAAGGAAUGGAAACCAGUACCUGAUUCUCUCCAGCCCUGUCGUCAGCCUCAGUCUGGACUCCCAGCCCCAGAGGGUGGGAGUGUUUGUGAGCUACGAGGAGGGGCUGGUCUCCUUUUAUGACGUGGAUUCUGCGGUUUGUCUCUACUCCUUCACGGGCUGCAGCUUCACAGAGACACUCCGUCCUUUCUUCAGUCCUGGUCUUUCUUACGGAGGAGCAAACUCCGCCCCCCUGAUCAUUUUACCUCUCAGAAUAACUGAUUCAAGUGUUUCAUUUAGUUUAUAAAAAUAUUUUAUUUUUUCUUUUAGUCGAGGAAAUCAAAUGUUGUUGCAUUGUGUGUAUAUAUGAGGUCUUUUUGAAUUUCCACCCCACCCAUCUAUCUAUUGCUGGGGGGGUGGUCAUACCCAAAAACUGUAAAUAUUACUGGACGAAACAUGAGUGACCAUCUGUUCCUGCAGGGGGCGCUGUUACUGCAUGCUGACUCAGUCUAACUUUGAGUCGACCUAACGACAGGCUGAGAGCUGGAGCUGAGGUGGGUUUUAAGCCUCCUGACAAACCGUUACACCGCGCCCACCUGUCAAUCAGGUCAGCUACACGCCUAA